GUUUCGACGACAAGUGCUCGCUUGGAAGACGAUGAUAAGGAAUCACGCACAAAUAUCAUAAACAACCGUCUAAUUCGCAUAUUUACGGUGAUAUCACAAAAAGGAAGAUAAAAAGUUCACUUUAAAGAUGUCUGUCUAAAGCUGAACACUACUGCUGUUUGUGGAAUCAAAGUAUGUAUCGUGGUAAUGUCAUUUUAUCAAAUGGAUCGGUGGCCUCACCUUAUGGCAUUGUGCCUGGACAGCAGCAACAACAACGGCCUGUCAUGCUAAAUGCUAUGUAUCGUUUUGGACAACAGACUCAACAAGCCACAUACAGGUCACAAGUCCCUCCUCAAGCUGUUUCUGGACAGCCAUUGCGCAUGCCAUCAGUACCUGCAGGUUAUGGUUCGUUACCAUACACAGUGAAGCCAGCCCCUAUAGUACCAACAGUUGCAGUGAGGAGUCAGACCCGGACCCAGUCUCAGCAGUACAGUUCCACAGUCAUUGGAGGUGGUGGUCAAACCCAGCAUUAUUCUGCUGUCAGGAGUCAAACCCAACAGUUUUCUACGGCACCGAAACCUACUCCGAUCUGUGUGAAUCUCCUGAACAACAACGUUGCUGCUGGUGCCCCCUUACAACAAAACGCUGCAGAGAAUGAACAGAUUCGGAGACUGAUCAUUCAGAAGGCGAACAUCCAGCAGAGUCCAGGCAGUAAAACACUUGUAACUAACAAUACCAUUGUUUCAAAUAACACAAUCAUCAGAAACGAUACACAUGAUACGGUCGUGAGGAAUAAUACAUUUGUUGCUAAUAAGACUAUAGUCGCUAACAACACACUUGUGUCUAAUAGUACACUGGUAAAAAAUAUCAAUCUUGUGAACAACUCGCAAAUCGCCGUCGCAAACCUUACAAGUAGGACUCCCAAUCUUCCCCAGCAAGUCAGAUUCGCUAAUCAGUUUAACGCUGAAAUUCUCAAACAAAUUGACGCAAAACGAAAUCAGCUGUUAGCUCAACGAUAUUACAAUUCACAAAGGUUGAAUGCUGUUCAGAACAAUAGCCAAAAAGAAAACGUGAAUUUGGUUCGUCUUCAAACCGAAAAAUAUCAAGGUAGUGACAUCAGAGCAAUUGAAGGAAGAGUCUCGCCCGCAAACUUGGACGGAAGUGUUUCACCUCAUUCCCGUGAAAGAAGCAUUUCACCUUCUGACGCAGAAAAGAAUAAUUCACCUUCUAAAGAAAGUCCCCCUCCAAGUGAUCCUGAACCAGGCUGUUCAACAACUUCUCUUAAAAGAAGCAUUUCCCCUUGUGAGUUUGAAAAAGUUAUUCGAUCUAAAGACAAAGACGAAGAAGAUAUUACAGACAUGGCAUCAAAGGAUUUUGAAAGGUCAUAUAGCAGAGAUUCGAGACCAUAUUCAAGAAACUCAGAUUCAUAUCAGAGUCGGAGUAGUGGUAAAGGAAAGAGACGUGCAGAGUCGCCCCACGAUGAUGAUGCAAAGCGUGUUCGAGGCCUGCAGUGGGGACAGGGUGUGGACAACGAUAUCGCCCAUUACCAGAACCCUGCUUACGCUGGCACUACAAAGGCCAGUCAAGACAUGCUAGAUUACUUCAUCAAGAAUCACCAGACAGAAUCAGCGUUACAGAAGAAAAAGGAGUUGAGGGACGCACUACUAGCAAUUAUAACUCCUGCUUUCCCUUAUUGCAGUCUGUACAUUGUGGGGUCCUCCAUGAGCGGGUUUGGUACCAUGUCUAGUGAUAUGGAUCUCUGUCUCAGUAUUAGUGACCAACAUAUUGACCAAACAAAGGAAGCACCGGAGAUUCUGUACCACAUUAAAAAGGCCCUCUCCACCUGUACCUUCCUGAGGGACAUAGUGGUUAUCAGAGCCAAAGUGCCAAUCCUCAGAUUUACCGAUAAAAUCAGUGAUGUGGAGUGUGAUGUAAAUAUAAACAACAUUGUUGGUAUCAGGAAUACCCACCUGCUGCGCUACUACUCACAAGUUGACUGGCGGGUACGACCUAUGGUGUUAUUUGCCAAGAAGUGGGCCCGUUUUCAUGACAUCAACGAUGCGUCCAAAGCCACUAUUUCCAGCUAUUCCCUCAGUCUGAUGAUAGUCCACUACCUUCAGUGUGGAUGCCAACCAGCAGUUCUCCCGUCACUGCAGAAGCUACAUCCAGACUUGUUUGCUAAAAGCUUAGACAUUCAGAACCUGAAAAUGAACCAUCAGAUGGACUUCAAGGUGCAGAACCGCCAGCCGCUCGGUGACCUGUUUGAGGGAUUUCUGGAGUACUUCACCUACACGUUCAAUUUUGACAACGAUGUUAUAAGUGUAAGACUUGGUACAUGUAUGUCAAAGCGUAUGGCUGUUACCCAAUCUGGGGAAGAAAACAGCUGGAAACAUCUGAAAAUUGAAGAGCCUUUUGACUUCACCAACACAGCAAGGUCCUGUUACGAUGUCAAUAUCUUCGAAAGAGUAAAGAGAGUCUUCCGUAUUAGUCACCGAAAGCUCAAACAGACUGGAAAGAUUUCCUCUCUAUUUGAAUGUCCAUUCUGAGUUUGGAGAAGACACAGAAACAUGUUUCAAGAAGUCUAAAGAUCAAACUUCAUGAUUUAUAAGAAACUAAAGAAAAAAGGAUCAAGAAGUGUUCAGACAUCUGAUUUGAUGCCUGUUCAGACAUUCGUUUUGAUUUUAACGAAAUCUGGAAAUUAGGAUAAAAAAGACAGAAACUUGAAUGAAGACCUGCUUAUUCAUCCUUUCUGGUUUUUGAGGGAAUAUACAAGAGGAGAAACCAGUAUAUUUGGAUCAGUAGUAUUGGUUUGAACAGCCAUUCUGAUGUUGGGACAAUGUAAUGAGUUUUUGACCUGCAGAGAAAGCUCGAACUAAUGUAGCAUCUUGCCAUCUUCAAUAGCAGGAACUGUUCAAAUCUGUGACUGGUAGAAUGAGCUUUAGCUAAUAUAGCACCUUGGAAUAGUAGGAGCUGUUCAGAUCUAAAGGUAUGUAGGUAUUGCUGUUGCUAACAUAGCUUCUUUGAAUGCCGUGAAAAUCUGUGGUGUCACUGUCUAUAAUAAACUUAAGUGAACAAAGCAUCUACGAGUAGCAGGAGCUGUUCAAAUCUGCGAUCUGUACAGAAGUUUGAGAACACAAACAUCUUCAAAUAGCGGGAGCUGUUCAAAUCUGAUGCUUGUUGGGAAUCGAGAAACCAUUCUGCCUGGGCUUCAACUGAUUUUGAUUAGCCUUCUGUCUGGAACAGAAUUUUCUCCACUGUAUCCAAUUUUUCCUGUCCUAGUCUUAAUUGGCUUCAAGAUAGCCAAGCAAAUGUGGAUACAUUAUUACUGGGAAUGAAUUCAUGAGUCGGAAGUGAAUACAUUGUACAUAGCUUUGAACUGAACCAGUUGCACAAGAUGUGUUGAUCACCCAGACAAGACUGAUUCAAGCUUCCUCAGAGUGUUACCCCAAGUGUUAGGGAGAUACCCCUGGUGUUAGGGUGAUACCCCUAGUGUUAGGAUGAUAACCCUGGUGUUAGGAUGAUACCAUAGUGUUAGAAUGAUAACCCUGGUGUUAGGAUGAUACCCCUAGUGUUAGGAUGAUACCACUAGUGUAAGGAUGAUACACCUAGUGUAAGGAUGAUACCCCUAGUAUUAGGAUGAUACCAAUAGUGUAAGGAUGAUACCCUUAGUGUUAGGAUGAUACCACUAGUGUAAGGAUGAUACCCCUAGUGUAAGGAUGAUACCCCUAGUGUAAGGAUGAUACCCAUAGUGUAAGGAUGAUAACCCUGGUUUUAGGGAAAGAUGUUUACAUCUUCAGCAACGAAAGAAGGGGGAAUAAUAAACUUUAAAGUGUUCUCUGAAACUUAGUAUGAUAUUCUGGAAGUGAAUUGAACUCUUGUCGAAGACUAAUACUUGAAAUUCACAAGUUAGUGUGAAUAUGUGAACUUCAACAGUGAUGUUAAGAGAUUUUGAGUAGUGUAUGAUAUACACAAGUGUAUAAAAAAAAAUGUUUCCUCAUUUCACAGGUGACGGUAAGUGUUUUUUCAAAUAGUGUCUGAAAUUCACAAGUGACAUUAGUGUUUCCUUACAUAGUAUUUGAAAUUAACAAGAGCCUGAAAAAUUUGGACCCUGAACAUUUUUCAUGGAUAUGGUUAAAUUCUUCAUUUACCUAAGCAAGUGUACAGUUUAAGGUUUUUGAGUGACUGACAAGUGUUUUACCCACAUGUUUUUUCUAUCAGUGUGUGAUAGCGUUACAUGGUAGUGGGGUUAUAGGUAUGUGUUGAUCAUAUAGGUAUGUAGGGAAACACAGGUAUGUUUUGUGGAUCAUAUAGGUAUGUAGGGAAACACAGGUAUGUUUUGUGGAUCAUAUAGGUAUGUAGGGAAACACAGGUAUGUAUCAGUAUUGAUACAGGUAUGUAUGACAAAUAUCGGUACAUGUAAGUGAAAAUAUAGCUACUUUGGAUACAGAGGAAGUCAAUUUGGAGUAGUGGUGCUAGUGGAAUACUGUAUACUGGAGAAAAUGUUCACUGCAGUUUAAUUUUCGCUUUUUUCGCCACCCGUAAUGAGGCAAAUUUAUUUUGACAGAGAAAGUUAGUAAACAGCAUGAUAUAUUAAGGAAUUCAAUGUGAAGGGCUGGUAUACAGUAUUAUGUUAAGUUGUAGGUCAGUAGACAACGGCAAAUGGCAAAAGUUUGACUUGGAAAGGAUUUCUAGUUAUACAGUAUUAUGUUAAGUUGUAGGUCAGUAGAUACAUAGUGUUAGCUAAGUUAAAAAAAUCUUCAUAGCUCACACUACAAACUGUACAUAGGCAACAUCAACAGCUGUGUCAUCAACUACUCAUGUGCAGAAUGCAUAGAUACUUUAUAGUAUGUACCAAGUGUAUAUAUUGGUUACAGAAGUGCAGGAUUCCAAUACAAAAGACUGGUAUCUAUUGUGUAAGGUAUCUCAGUGCUCAGCUUAAAACUAGAACCAUUUAUGACCAAUGGAAAUGGGAAACAAAAUCACAAAAACAUGUUGAUUAUGGUACAGUGUAGACCCUUAUUGAUUUGUUAAACAGGAAAACAGACUAUGUACGCAGACAAUGAUUCUAGUUAUUAAUAAUGGUGAAACAGAGGAAUAACCAGGAUAUGUAUAGAGAAUUUUUACGUGGAUGGGAACAUAAUGAGGGCCCUGCGUAAAGAGAAAGCGAGUACCCUUAGGCAGUAGUAAUCAACUUGUUAAUUAAGUAUUAUUGUACUGAGUGCUAUAUGAUAAUUUAUUGAUGCCAUUAAUCAUUCACCCCUGAAAUUUCAUAAUGAACUACUCCAACCUUUGAAUUGGAAGAGUUCAAAUAUGUCUUCAGGGGUGAAUGAGUUAAUUUAGGACCAGGGGAGCGUGAGAAAGAACUACUAUAUAUAUAUAUAUAUAUGUAAUAUAUGUUAAAAUUUUAAGUACAUAAUAUAUGUCCAUCUAAGUCUUAUGUUAAUAUUUUGAGAAAAUUAAUUAUCUGUCUUUGAGUUAUUAUAUGUAUGAUGAAUCUUGUCAAACUGUAAACAUGGAGAAUUUCACUGGGUGUAAAUUAACAAUUUCAUUCAUAACACUUUGCAAGGCAGUAUAAUUAUACCAGGAGGUAUAUAGGAAUCGCCUAUCCAACUGUCCGUCACAUUUCUCUUGUUUUCAAUAGGUCUGAGACUGAUAGAAUGUACUGGUUUAUGCAUGGGGGGCAAGAUUAUGCGGUAACAAACAUAAGUGUAAUGCAUUGUACCUGGUACCUACAAACAUAAGUGUAAUACAUGGUACCUGGUACCUACAUGUGUCAAUUUCCAUGUUUACAGUACUGUGUUCAACAUUUCUGCCAUUGUAUUGUAUUAUAUCUGCCAUAUCCUGUGCUUGUCAAUUAACAUAGAAUAUCAUAUGUAUAUAAAAUCUUAUUUCAUUCAUAUAGCGAGAUUACACACUACAUGUUUAUAUACAAAUCGUAUAUUAAGUAUUUCAGUCAUAAAAUGAAAUGACACACCUUGUGUUUUUGCAAAACCUUUAUAUUAUGUAAUAAGUAUUUCAAAUGUGAAUACAUAGCUAGAUUUCAAAAAAAGAUAUUUGUUAUGCAUGUAUUUGCAAGUUUAUUGUAUACAGUAUUGAUAUUUUAAUAACAUGUAGUACUUCUGAUAGUAUGCAUCAGAUAUGAAAAAAUAGUAGUACAACUCGACUGUCUAAUAGUCUAGAAACAGACGUGAUCUUGGUGUUCACUUUGCAUUGUAUGCAAAAAUACUAUUUUAGUUUGGAGUUAGCGGUUUGGAGAUUAUUUUGUCAUUAGUGUGAUCAUGUUGAGUUUGCUAAGUUAAAUUCAAUUAAUCGUGAAGAUGAAGUUAGCACAGCCAAGAAAAUAACUUUUAUUACCAGGUAAGUAAAUGUUUUGAAUUUUGAUGUACCGUACCCACAUGUUCAUCCCGUUAUGAGGACAAUAUGAGGAAUAUUUAAUGUAUCUUGCUGGACUGUAAGUGUAGUUGUGGCUGGUCCAGACUUGCUUUGACUUUAUAAAAGAACAGGGAUAGCAUCUCUAAUUAAGGAUCCCUGUACCACUUCCAAAAACUGUAACUAGUACAUUUAAUGGAAUUUGAUUUUUUCCGGCAUGACUGUAACUUUGAUAAAUCAUUUCUGGAAAGAAACUGUACCUUUCAUGACUUGUAUGAGAAAUAAUAAAGAUGAAAUUAACAAAAUAUACUAGUCAUCAACAACAGUGUUCUGAGGGUAAAACAAAUGUGGGGCUAGACACGGAUUGCUGAUCUAUCACUAUCACCAAUGGAGCUAUAUCUGGUUGAUGGAAGUGUCCUGGUCCAGUUGUGCUACCUUUAUAUCCAAAUGAAAGCUAAGGGAAGGUUACUGCAUACAGAAAAAAAAACAGUGUAGUGGGACAGAGAUCAUUGAAGAUAUUGAGGUAGACAGCCUAAUUAGAUUAACCAGAUGAUUGAUUGAGACCUGCAGAAAUGGUGUCGAGGCGACCAGUAGUGGCAUUGUUUUAUUACAGUAGGUGAUGAUUGCUCCAUUCAAAUUCACCAGACAAAAGUAUGCAAGUAAUUCUGGUAAACUGUACACUUGUAGUGACAAUGUAUAGAGGGAAAAUGAACAGGAGACUUUUUGUAUAAUUUCUUGUCUGGACCAUAACUUUUAAACCUAUAAAUGUCUCUGUAAAACUUUGAAGUACACCUAAAUCUACAACAUCAGAUGUGCAGUGUGCUGUAGUUUUGCCACGGAUACUGACCUCUAAAUACAGUAAGAUAAUGUAAGUAGUGAAUUUUUGUUUGGUCCACAAAUGUUGCGUUUAAAAAAGCACACAAAUGUCAAAUGACAAUUUCUAUUAAAAUCUUGUGUGCAACAUUUACAACUUUGAAAACUAGAGGAGUAUAGCAAAGAGUAUAUAUUACGGCACAUAGUAUUUUUAGUUUUUUUUGUACAUUAAAAGUCUACUUUUAUUGAAUCUUUACAAAAAUCAUUAAGACAAUAUAAAAUGAACCAUAUUAAAUUAUGAGUUCAAUGGUUUAGGGUUUACAUUUAUUUUUAUCGUUCUAUUCUUGCACAUCUAGCACAUUUUUUGAAAAAAAAUCAGAUAUAUGCACAUUGGCUAACAUGGGGUUCACAAAAGUAAUUUCUAGCUUUUUUGGAGCCAAAUUUUAUGUUUUUUAUUUUUUUUUACAAAGAGCACAGACAUUUCCAUCUUUGAUAAUCAACUGAUUAAAAUCACUCUGUUGAUCGGAAGAGAAAAGUAUGAGAUAGGAAAAUUUGGUCGAUAAAGAUGUACAUAUAAAGACAUACCUGUUCUAUAUAGUUGGUUAUCUUCAUAACUGAUUUUUUUUUUCUUAUUAAGAACUUAUUUAUUUGCAAUUCACAGACUGUGAAAUUGGUUGAAAAUGUUAAUUCUGGUUGAAAAUGCAAAAAAUACUCUCUCAUUGGUAUUUGAUUUUUGCUUUCAAAGUCGAGAUUACCAGUUAUCCUGAAAUAUCAUUUGAAUCAUUUUAGGUUAAUUUGUAUGCACUAUUAUUUCAACUUAAUUUGUCUAUACUUAUUACCACAUGGAACUUUCUUUAUGUGUUAGUCAAUAUUUUUUGCCCAUUAAAUUUGAGUGAUUAUUUAUAAGCUGGGUGGACCAAAGGUCUAAGCAAUAUGUUCAUAUUGUAAAAGUGUUGUGCAGUCUUAUCGAAAUGUGUCGUAGUGUGUGAUUUGUGUAUUUGUAAUCGUAUACUGUAGUAGUACAAAAAGAUUGAUUUGUGUAUUUGUUUUCUAAGUACUGUCUACAAAAUGAUUUACAUUUAUCAGUAGAUAAGUAAAUUCUGUACUGGAUGGUAAGUGAAAACACUGAAAUAUUUCUGAAGGUUUUCUUUGAUAUUUGAGGUACAGGUAUAUUUGAAAAGUUAAUCAAUAUGCUUAUUGUCAGCAAUUUUGCACAAAUCUCAAACCUAAAAAUAUUAAUUUAUAGUCUCUUAUAGAUUCCUAUUUGUUUGGAACAGUGAAAGUGUUUUUUUCUCCAUACCAUGUUUGACUAAACUUAAGAAUUUAGUGAAAGUGGUAAUGUUCACUUGACAAUAUAGCAUAAAUUCUACCAAUUGUUUUUUUUUAAUAAUUUGUGACGAGGAUGAUUUCAAGAACAGGGAGAUGAACAUAUAUUUAUUAAUGCUUUGUUGUCCCUUCAUCAUAACAUAUAACACACACAAGUUGUUAAUUUUGUGUGACUGAUUUUCUUGAUUCGUAACUGGCUGUUUUGACUCUGGCGAUUUUCUUGAUUCGUCCCACCUUCUAUUACUUUCUAGCCUUCCCCCAAUGACUCCUAGGCCCUGUUCUUCAUAGGCUGUUGGUCUUAACUACUGACAAAUACACAUCUUUCAUCUUCUGUACAAUAAUGUUCAAAAAAAAUUCAGGCGCAGAACCGAACCUGCAUGUAUGGGAGUGUAAAAUGUUUGUCCAUCGAAAACAAACACAAAAAUAAUAUUAAAAUUUCAAAAGUUUCUCAAAAAGUUCAUUUUUUAAAUUCUAUGUAAAUGACUUGUUAAGGUUAUCAUGCUAUGAAACACAUCGGUGGUGCUUAGGUAAAUAUGACUAGUAUAUAUAAACCAUACUUAUUACAUUAUGUUCAAUAUCUUAUCAAUUAUUCUAUGUAUACAUAAUCAAUGAUUUAAUCUUAUUUCACCGACAUCCUUUCAUAGUUUGAAAGAACUUUGGUGUAAUUUAAAUUUAAUUAGACAAUUCAGUUACUUGGUCGAUCUUUCUCACUGGUUAAGUAAAUUUGUGAAGUGGAUAUGAUUUGUUUGGUAAGAGAAUUCGUGUGUUUAGAGUCUUCGUGUUGUUAUUUGUAAUUAUUAUGUAGUUAACAUGUGUAUUUCAUCCUGAAAAAUAUACUAGUUAACUGUAUACCUCAUCCAGACUAUUGUAUUAUCUGCAGUGAUAAACUCAUUGGAAAUAAAUAUUUUUCGUUA